AUUCAUUGUCUUUGGUCAUUGUUUGUGUUUUACGACGUGCGGUUGUGUCGGUGUUCAACAUGUCGAAUAAAAAAAAUAAGGAAAUAGAAAUUCACGACAGUGAAAGUGAAGAAGAUCAGGAUUCUGGCAGCGAAAAGGAUUCCGACUUUGACUCCGACGGCAACUUUGUCGGCGACAAGGAGUUACAAGCGGACUUCGAAGGUCGCAAUCCCGAGGACUGUGACUUCCAUGGCAUCAAACAGCUGCUGAGACAAUUAUUCCUCAAGUCUAAUGUAGAAUUGGGAGGCCUUGCUCAAAUUAUUAUUUCUCAAAACUACGUGGGUAGUGUGGUAAAGCAGUGCCUCGAUGAUGGCGUGGAUGAUGAUGAUGAUGAAGACGAUGGCAGUGAUGGAGUGUUCGGUGUCACCACUAUUAUUAAUAUCACUAAGAGAAAAGAGGAACAAUGCAUACAACAGAUCCGGACUCUAUUGACAACUCUAGCUGAAGAUAAUGCAGACGACAGAACUAAGGCAUUAAUCAAGAAAAUAUUGUCCAACGAGGCUGAGAAUGUUGGUCUAGUCAUCAAUGAGAGGAUCCUAAACAUUCCCGCAGCCAUCAGUGUGCCUCUAUUCUCAUCCCUUCAAAGUGAAUUGGAUAAAGCUGUCAUGAAGAAUAUGCCAUACACAUUCCAAUAUCUCAUAUGGAUCUGCAAGACAUACAAUACGGGAGAAGAAUGUUCAGAAGUACUGUUCGCGAACCAGGAAGAGAAGCCGAUAGCUGCGGAGGCUCUGGCCAGCUUCGACGUGGACGUGACGGAGCAAGCUGACUUGUCGCAGUGGGACUACGAGGGCGGCGCUCUCACGCCUUGCAGAAAGAUUCUAAUAUUCGACGGCAAUAAAUUCAAUCACCUAGUGAGACUUAUCAAAGAAGAAGUGGAGGCCAUCUAAACUUGCUUGUCAAUUGUGACACUAUUAUUAUAUAUGCCAUACAAUGCGCUGUAUAACGUAUUUAUAUUUUUAUUAUUACAUGUAUACUAAACGUAAGCUUUACACCUA